UGCAGUGUUAAAAAGGACCUGAAGGUAGUCUGCUCAAACCUCCUGCUGUGAUCCAGCAGAACUUUUGAACAGAUUUCUUGACAUAGAAAAAUCUAUUGUAAAAAUACGGGAAAGAAUGGCAGCAGAAACGCAGACCCUGAACUUUGGACCUGAAUGGCUCCGAGCUCUGUCAAGUGGCGGCAGCAUCACAUCCCCUCCACUUUCUCCAGCGUUGCCCAAGUAUAAGUUAGCUGACUAUCGUUAUGGCCGAGAAGAAAUGUUAGCACUUUUCCUUAAAGACAGCAAGAUACCUUCAGACCUUCUGGAUAAAGAAUUUCUGCCUAUUCUACAGGAGGAGCCCCUGCCACCACUGGCUCUUGUACCUUUCACAGAAGAAGAACAGAGAAAUUUUUCCAUGUCUGUAAAUAGUGCUGCUGUCCUGAGAUUGACAGGACGAGGAGGAGGAGGAACAGUGGUGGGGGCUCCAAGAGGUCGAAGUUCUUCAAGAGGGAGAGGCAGAGGCAGAGGUGAAUGUGGUUUCUACCAAAGAAGCUUUGAUGAAGUAGAGGGUGUGUUUGGUCGCGGUGGUAGCAGGGAAAUGCAUAGGUCGCAGAGCUGGGAGGAAAGGGGUGACAGACGUUUUGAAAAGCCAGGACGAAAAGAUGUAGGAAGACCAAAUUUUGAGGAAGGUGGACCAACAUCAGUGAGAAAACAUGACUUUAUACGAUCAGAAAGUGAAAAUUGGAGAAUCUUUAGAGAGGAACAAAAUGGAGAUGAUGAAGAUGGAGGUUGGCGGCUAGCUGGAUCUAGAAGGGAUGGAGAGAGGUGGCGGCCUCAUAGUCCUGAUGGCCCCCGUUCUGCUGGCUGGCGGGAACAUAUGGAACGGCGGCGUCGAUUUGAGUUUGACUUCCGAGACCGGGAUGAGGAACGCGGUUACCGAAGGGUGCGUUCGGGCAGUGGGAGCAUCGAUGAUGACCGGGACAGCUUGCCUGAGUGGUGCCUUGAGGACGCUGAGGAGGAGAUGGGUACCUUCGACUCUUCUGGAGCCUUCCUCUCUCUGAAGAAAGUGCAAAAAGAAGCCAUCCCAGAAGAACAGGAGAUGGACUUCCGGCCUGUGGAGGAAGUAGAAGAGGGCUCUGAUUCUGAGGGCAGUCAUGGUGAAGAAGCCAAAGAACCUGAUAAGACGAAUAAGAAAGAGGGGGAGAAAACUGACAGAGUAGGAACUGAAACUAGUGAGGAAACACUCCAAAUCUCCUCGUCUGUUCGACCAGGCACUCCUUCAGACCAUCAGCCGCAGGAAUCAUUACCAUUUGAGAGGAAAGAGGAACCCAACACUGAACAAACAGAAAAAGGUGAAGAAGAGAGUCAGACAGAAAGUGGUCUACCAACCAAAGUGCCCAGUAGAGGGGAUGAAAUGGUUACUGACGUCCAGCAGCCCCUGUCAAAGAUUUCAGAUACAGCCUCUCCACUUCUCAUUCUUCCACCUCCUGUUCCCAAUCCCAGUACUGCCCUCCGGCCAGUUGAAACACCGGUCGUUGGUGCUCCUGGUAUGGGAAGUGUUUCUACAGAGCCAGAUGAUGAAGAGGGUCUCAAACAUUUGGAACAGCAAGCUGAGAAGAUGGUGGCUUAUCUUCAAGACAGUGCUCUGGAUGAGGAGAGACUGCCAUCGAAACUGCAGGAGCCCAGAGCGAAGGGUGUGCAAAUGCCCUUAAUGCAUGAAGCGAUGCAAAAGUGGUAUUAUAAAGAUCCUCAGGGAGAAAUCCAAGGUCCCUUCAAUAAUCAGGAAAUGGCGGAAUGGUUUCAGGCAGGCUAUUUCACUAUGUCCUUAUUGGUGAAGAGAGCAUGUGAUGAAAGUUUCCAACCUCUUGGUGAUAUAAUGAAGAUGUGGGGAAGAGUUCCCUUUUCUCCUGGUCCAGCUCCUCCUCCUCAUAUGGGAGAGUUGGAUCAGGAACGACUGACCAGGCAGCAAGAACUCACGGCCUUAUACCAAAUGCAGCACCUCCAGUACCAGCAGUUCUUAUUACAGCAGCAGUAUGCCCAGGUUUUGGCGCAGCAGCAGAAAGCCGCCCUGUCUUCGCAGCAGCAACAGCAGCUAGCACUUCUUCUCCAGCAGUUCCAAGCCUUGAAAAUGAGAAUAUCCGACCAGAAUGUCAUUCCCUCCGUAGCAAGGUCAGUGUCAGUACCAGAUACUGGUUCUAUAUGGGAACUUCAGCCAACAGCCUCACAGCCUACAGUCUGGGAAAGUGGUAGUGUAUGGGAUCUUCCCCUGGACACAACGUCUUCUGGACCUGCUCUUGAACAGCUCCAGCAGAUAGAGAAGGCCAAAGCUGCAAAGCUAGAGCAGGAGAGAAGAGAGGCAGAAAUGAGGGCAAAAAGGGAAGAGGAGGAACGAAAGAGGCAAGAAGAACUGCGGAGACAGCAGGAGGAGAUUCUUAGGAGACAGCAAGAGGAAGAAAGGAAGAGACGGGAGGAAGAAGAGCUUGCCCGAAGGAAACAGGAAGAGGCUCUGCGACGCCAGAGGGAGCAAGAAAUUGCAUUAAGGCGACAGCGGGAGGAGGAAGAGAGGCAGCAGCAAGAGGAAGCACUUCGGAGAUUGGAAGAGAGGAGAAGAGAGGAGGAGGAGAGGCGAAAACAGGAGGAGUUGUUACGCAAGCAGGAAGAGGAGGCUGCAAAAUGGGCCCGGGAAGAAGAAGAAGCCCAGCGCCGUUUAGAGGAGAAGCCGGCUACGGAAUGGAAGAGGAGGGCGGCCAGAAUUCGGCACGAGGAAGAAGAGCGGAGAGGAAAGAGCUGGAACUUCAGCGUCAGAAGGAGUAAAUGCGCCAGAGGCAGCAAGCAGCAGGAGGCUCUGCGGAGGCUGCAACAGCAGCAACAGCAGCAGCAGCUUGCACAGAUGAAGCUUCCCUCCUCUUCAACAUGGGGCCAACAGUCUAGUACAGCGGCAUGUCAGUCCCAGGCCACGCUGUCACUGGCUGAAAUCCAGAAACUAGAAGAGGAACGAGAACGGCAGCUUCGAGAAGAGCAGCGGCGCCAGCAGAGAGAACUGAUGAAAGCUCUGCAGCAGCAGCAGCAACAGCAGCAGCAGAAACUCUCAGGUUGGGGGAACGUCAGCAAACCUGCAGGCACCACCAAGUCCCUUCUGGAGAUCCAGCAGGAAGAAGCCAGGCAAAUGCAAAAGCAGCAACAGCAACAGCAGCAGCAACAGCAGCAGCCAAGUAGAUCUCGGAAUCCUCCACAUUCCAACCUGCACACCAGCAUGGGGAAUUCUGUUUGGGGUUCUAUAAAUACUGGUCCUCCAAACCAGUGGGCAUCUGACCUAGUCAGUAGUAUCUGGAGUAAUGCCGACAAUAAAAAUUCCAACAUGGGAUUCUGGGAUGAUGCAGUGAAAGAGGUGGGACCUAGGAAUUCAACAAAUAAAAACAAAAACAGCGCCAGUCUCAGUAAAUCUGUAGGUGUGUCUAACCGGCAGAAUAAGAAAGUAGAAGAAGAAGAAAAGUUGCUGAAGCUCUUUCAGGGAGUAAAUAAAGCCCAAGAUGGAUUUACCCAAUGGUGUGAACAGAUGCUUCAUGCCCUUAAUACGGCAAAUAACUUGGAUGUCCCCACAUUUGUUUCUUUCCUGAAAGAAGUAGAAUCACCGUAUGAGGUCCAUGAUUAUAUAAGGGCCUAUUUAGGAGAUACCUCUGAGGCCAAGGAGUUUGCCAAGCAAUUCCUCGAGCGCCGUGCCAAGCAGAAAACUAGCCAGCGGCAGCAGCAACAACAACAGCAGCAACAGCAGCAGGACUCUGUGUGGGGGAUGAACCACAGUGCACUCCAUUCAGUAUUUCAGACCAAUCAGAGCAACAAUCAGCAAUCAAAUUUUGAAGCCGUACAAAGUGGCAAGAAAAAGAAAAAGCAAAAGAUGGUUCGAGCGGAUCCCAGUUUAUUAGGAUUUUCAGUUAAUGCUUCCUCGGAGCGACUGAAUAUGGGUGAAAUCGAGACACUGGAUGACUACUGAGUGUCCACCGGAGACUGGCCUUCCCUCUCCUUUCUACCGACCACGGAUUCUCCACUUCCUCACCUCUACUCUUUAUCCCUCUGCAACAAAUCACAGAACUGGCCAUCUCGGGCUUUUUCCUCUAGCUCUGUGUCCAGGAUUCUUUAGGCCAUUUUGUUGGUGAGCAUCUCCCAACUGUAGAUGAGAGAUUGGACGAUCCCGCCUCUCGGAGGACAAUUGGGAUCACUUCCCAACAAGCUCAUCUUGGGCAGCAUGUGUUUACUUGCUGUUUCCCAGAAAGUGAGUUGGAAUCUGUGGAAUCUGCCAAUAGCAAUCUACUUUCUCUUGUCACUUUUACUUUUCUAUUUCUUUUUUUUUCUUCCUCUCCUCCAUUCCCUCCUACCCCUUAAAGGGCAAGCAAGGGGUCCUCCUGGUGCAAUAAUGAAGAGAGUGAAUGACAGCAGACCUGGCCCACAGCCCAUUGUACUGGACCAUGGCUCAGGUGCCCAACAGAGCAAGCUCUUCCAGGCUGCAUGUUGUGUGGCCACUGAUAACUGUGGGAUUGCAUCAUAGUGGCCCAAGGGGUAGGAUCUAGAUGGUUUUGCUUGGAUACCACACACACAUCCCUUCUUUCCAAGCAUUUGGGAGAAGGGAUUUGUGUUGUUCUUCCUAGACUAGUGACUUUCAAGCAAGCCAACUAGCUUCCCCCUGGCAUACGCCAACCUCAUUGGACAGAAGAAAUCCUGUGGCCUGGGAGAGGGACUUGUGCUUAAUUUUUCUUAUAAAAACUGAUUUUUUUUCCCAUAAAUAUUUUUACUUCAGAGGACUAGGACCAGUUUGUUUUGGGCCUUUCUGCUGAAAAUUUGUCUCGUUUAAGAGGCAGCUAGGAUCUUUACCGUAUGUAUGAAAUUGUAUAAUUUACGUUUGGGAUAGGGAUAAACUUUUGCUUCUGAUAAAGCCCGGAAUUUACUCUGGUUCCUCAGAGCAUUGCGUGUUUGUCUUGCUUGGCCCCAAAAAGGUUUUGUUGAAAGGUUCUGGAAUGGCAAAUUGUGUUGCCUUUUCUGAAAAAGUGCACAUACAGAAUCUUUGAGGCCUUCAUUGGUGGAAACUAUCCUAAAGAAGGCAGCAGGAUUGAGGGAGGGAGCGGGUGGGCAGAGUUCAGGCAGAGAAGCCUGGGUCUGGCUUCUUCUGGGGAUGACCUCCUAGAUAGAAGUGUAUUCAAGCCCUAUUUAUAGACAGAUACUCCUCCUGCCUCCACCAGCUGCCUGCCACCGCCCCCCUCCUCACACCCCCAUUACCCGGAAUGCCAAGUACACUUUGGUCUGGAGCCAUUGGACCAUCCUUCCUUGAAUGAGAAGUGUUAUGGUUUGGGGGACAUCUUUCUUCCUCUCAUGCCUGAAGAAGGCCAGAGUUGUUUUGAGAGUAGUUUGGUUUUGGAUGAUUAUGUUCGGUUUCAGUUUUUAUUCUCUUUGGGAUUGUCAUCCUCCCUGUCCCUUCUUGCCGCCUCCCUCUUUACAUGUACAGUAACUAUACAGAGACUGAUACAAAGUUGUAUAUAGUUUUUGGAUCAAAUAGCAUGAGGAGAUGGGGACCCCUUCAGAAUUGGGACUCCUGUUCUCCUUUGCUUUGUAAAUUCAGAAGUGGGGGUGGGAAAGAGGGAUAGUUAAAAUGUUUACAAAACUUUAAGCUCCCUCGGAACUUUUGCCAGUGUGGAGGAAAAUAAAAAGAACUUAAAUAAAA